GCUAUUGCGGAGAAAUUAUUUACGCAGUAUUACUGUGGAUAUUUCUUUCGUUAUUUCAGUAGACAGUAGACAUGCUAAGGAAUCAGAAUUGUACUGAGAUGCGGGACUUAAGCACAGAGACUUGUAGUACAGACGUAAUUAGAUAUUGACCAUAACGCUUCCACUGCACUUGUUUCUACAGAUGCCCAGGAAUUCUGUGAUUUAACGAGAAGUCCAAAGAAAGUAAAACAAAAUUUUAAUCAAAGCAUAACUUUAAAAGCUAUAAUCAUGAAGUAGAAUAUGUGGAAUAUUUGCUGAUUUUAUCAAAGAUCACGCCGGUAGGACCGUCUCGCUUGUAUUAUUUAUCAUAGUCGCGAAAAGAUAACCGCUACAACUUCGGUGCUUCUAGCUACCUACUAAUAACACGCCUUAAAAAAUUCGAAGUUAGCAGACAAGCUCACCUGCCGUGUAACAUGGUUUACAUUUACUUGAAAAUAGGUUUUACUUCGCACCGAUUGGGUCAAAAUGUUGCCUUCAGAAGUCGCUGUUAGAUAGAGUUUAAGAUAUAUAUUUCCUUUCACCGAAAAUCGGGAAAGUGCCUAUUAAGUUUUGUGUUUGCGUGUUUAAUUACCCGUGACAAGUUGUGUCGCUCACUCAAACAAAACGUUUUGACAACUUCAUCGUAGCUGCCCAUCAACUCUUACCAAGAGAAAAAGUGAGGCACAAAUAUAAUGCGCUUUUAAAUAAAAUACAAGCAAAAGUAUUUACGACUAUUUGUUUCUCCCGUUUAAUGUGGAAUCAAAUAAGUCCGACCUCUAUUGAUUUCCACUCGUCAGCCGUUCACCCUGGAUAGGCACGUGCCACCAAAAUCCCGUCUAAAAUAAUACUAAGCCUACCUGCGCUAGCAAAGAAAAGAUGCCUGUUUUACCGCCAAGAAGUUAUUUAGCCUUCAUCAAUUUUUCAAAACGUGGAGCAGGUGCCGGUGUACGCUUCAUUUGACAGCACAUGAAUAAUUUCCUUUCCAACUUAUGUCAUUUGUAUAAAGCCAAGAAUGAAGGCACCUGGCUGGAUUCAGAGCGGAUAGAGCGUUGUGCAAUGAUUUAUUGAUACGCUGUUUCAUUUUUCAUAGGUUUCUGCUUGUUAAACUUCCUUGAAUAACGUGAAACCUAGAGAGAGACUUUCAUCACGGCAGCAAUAUCUUGGUCUUCUCGCGCCGAAGAUUGAAAUUGGGAAAUUAGACAUGGCAGCAUUCGCCGGCUUGGACAGAGCGAGACCGCAAGGGGGAAGUACUUCUCCCGCUCAAAUUCAAAACUCCUCCACUCCUGCCUCCUCGCAACGAAAUAAGCUUACCGCCGAAGAUUUGUUCAACUAUUUGUAUGGCUAUACUCCCAUUCGUCUUGUGGACCCAGUACAGCUGCAGCAACGGCGGAGGCAAGCGACGCAACUGGAAAAUGGGACGAGUAAUAAAGCUAUUUCAUGGUGUGACAUUUGCAACGAGAAACAUGAUGGAGAAUGUCCAAUGCACGGACCUUUGCAUUCACUCAGAAAACUCGUCAGCGCUGGGCAGUCCCAUAGUCCAUUAGAGAAUGGUUCUAUUCUUAAAUUCCCGGACGAGGUCUGCUUGUGUACAUCCAGCAUUCCUUGCGUCGGUUACGGCGUUUGCGCCAGGAAGAGGAUACCGGCGGGAACCUGGAUCGGGCCUUACGAGGGAAAACUGGUACGACCAGAAGACAUCAAAAUUGAAACAGAGACAGAAUAUAUGUGGGAGGUCUUCCAUGAUGGUCAAGUCAGCCAUUAUCUUGAUGGCAGAGAUGAAGCUAAUUCCAGCUGGAUGCGGUUUGUUCGUUGCGCAAGGCACAAGAAAGAACAAAACAUGGUCGUGUUUCAAUAUCAUGGCUGCGUUUAUUACAGGACCAUCCGGGAAAUUCUUCCUGGUCAGGAGUUGCUUGUGUGGUACGAUACCAGGUAUUCACAAUUCAUGGGGGUACCUGUUGCGCUAAGCGACUCGGGGAGUAGAGGUGUACACCCCCCUCGUGAUCUUGUGGCUCAAGAAAGAUCACGCACAAGAGCCGAUAAAAACGAGACGGUUGACCCAGCGGCUAGGCGAAAUCUUACAGAACAUGCGCCAGCUCAAAGGGGCCGACCUCCUUUGAGGAGGACUGAGUCGACUGAAACAAGUAAAUCUGAACAGGACCAUGUGAUGUUGACAGAAGAUAGAAGAACGACCUCGUACCGAGGACGAGGCUACGGGUACAAACAACAAACACGAGCAGCGACGCGCUUUGAUCCAGUUGAUGAUUUCACUUGGAGGUGCAACCAGUGCUUUAAAGCGUUUACAAACCGCGAACAACUUGAGGUACAUCAUUGUAAUGGAAUAACCGGCGGAAAGAACUUGACUUGCUCUCACUGUAGCCAAUCAUUCUCACAUCCAGUGGAGUACCGCACACACAUGGAAACACACGUUAACGAAAGACCUUUUAGAUGUGGAUACUGCGCAAGCGCGUUCGCGAGCGCCGCUUUGCUCAACCAACACGUGCGAGUGCAUAUGACUGAAGGGAGUCUGGGUCCGAUCAAGCCGGCGCCCAGACACGAUAGGGCGAGUCAAGAGUUUCAUUUUUGAAAAACUUGUUAAAAGUCGCAGUGAACAUUCCUUCAUUUGCAUACGGGUGUAUCCUGAUUGGACGUCCUCAACACGAGGGAUUGUUUAACCUUUUUGUUAACCUUUUGAAUUCGAAGAGGUCUUUUCAUAGUCUAAUUGAGAAUUACUAUUCGAAUCGAAAGCAGCCAAUUUAGUAUGGAACGGAGCAACUUCGAUAAAACUGUUAAUUGAUGCCAAGAAUUCUAUUCGAUCUAUCCAUAUUUGUUCUUGCUCUUUGCGGGAGUACGAUGGCACACAAAGUUAAGUUAAUAUCCGUCUUGAGCAAAUCUGAAAAACUCGUGAAGUAUGACUUAGUUUAGAAAUGGUUGUCGUAGAAGAGCAAUCCAGUUCCUGUGGCUGCAAAAAUCAUAACUAACCUUGGUGAAUUACAAUGACUCUUUUCGGUCGUAAGCAAAUAUUUCGAUGUUGUAACUGGAUUAUCGUGGCCCGUAAUUAUAAAAUUUAUAAUUACUUGGCAGUUGUGUAAAAACACGGGCUAUAUUUGGCAUGCCUUUUGUCCUUUUGGGCAUUC